UGCGUCGGCUCCUGGACGGUUGACAACCCCGGCACCCUGCUUCGUCUUCCCCACGCCCUCGCGGCUUCGCCCUCCUCCCAUCUCGCGGCGCCAUGGCUUUCCACCGCCACCUCUUCCUCGCCGCCGCGGUCGCGCUCCUCCUCGCGGACGGCCUUGUCCCCGCCACCGCGGGGAGCCGGGGCGCCGGCGCCUUCGACCCCUCCCGCGUGGUUCAGCUCUCGUGGCGCCCCAGGGCGUUCCUCCACAAGGGGUUCCUGACGGACGCGGAGUGCGACCACCUGAUCGCGCUGGCCAAGGACAAGCUGGAGAAGUCUAUGGUGGCGGACAACGAGUCUGGGAAGAGCGUCCAGAGCGAGGUGCGCACCAGCUCCGGCAUGUUCCUCGAGAAGAAGCAGGAUGAAGUAGUAACUAGAAUAGAGGAGAGGAUAUCUGCUUGGACAUUUCUUCCACCAGAGAAUGGUGAAUCCAUUCAGAUAUUACACUACCAGAACGGUGAGAAGUAUGAGCCCCACUAUGACUAUUUCCAUGACAAAAAUAAUCAAGCCCUUGGAGGCCACCGCAUCGCCACUGUGCUCAUGUACCUAUCAAAUGUUGAGAAGGGCGGAGAGACCAUCUUCCCCAAUGCAGAGGGGAAGCUAUUACAGCCCAAGGACGACACCUGGUCUGAGUGCGCAAGAAAUGGAUAUGCAGUUAAACCGGUUAAGGGUGACGCCCUGCUGUUCUUCAGUCUCCACCCUGAUGCAACAACAGAUUCUGACAGCUUGCACGGGAGCUGCCCCGUCAUCGAAGGCCAGAAGUGGUCCGCCACUAAAUGGAUCCAUGUGAGGUCGUUUGACCUCCCUGUCAAGCAGGCGGGUUCAUCUAAUGGAUGCGAGGAUGACAAUGUCCUCUGCCCCCAGUGGGCGGCCGUGGGUGAGUGCGCCAAAAACCCUAACUACAUGGUGGGGACCAAGGAAGCACCUGGGUUCUGCCGGAAGAGCUGCAAAGUCUGCGCAGAGUAAGCCAUUAAUCCGCUGUCUUGUAAGUGACAUGGCAUGUUAUGUAGCGAUUCCAAUUCCAGGAUGUAGAUAGGACUGAGCAUAGCAUGAACCUGGGACAAGGAACUGUAAGAGAGCUAUCGAUUAUCACCUAUACAGGCCAGGAAAUCACCAGCUAGAACACUUUUUUAUGUUUUGUUCGAACCUCGCAGAAAUUACCCUUUUCAGUUGAGCAGUCUAAUCAAUGGCGAUCCAUACAGCAA